AGACAGAGAGAUUCCUGUGGAGACUUAUUCCUGGAAAGAGAUUCCUGCAUGCAUGUUAAAAGACUCCUGAAUAAACUGCUUUGAGAAGAAUGUAGUGUCGUCGUUCCUUUCUGCUGGUCGGAAUUGGAGGCGACAAAUUGUGGCCCAUAUGGGGAUGUUCAGAACUCAUCGCAGUCAGGGCAGCUAGCUGGUAAGGUUCCCAGGAUCACCGACAACCACUCUGGGUCCCAGAACAGCUGACCGGAGCAGUUCAGGGCAAGCAGAACGAUGAGGACGUGGAUGUUCCUGUGGCUGGAAAUGCUCCCGCUAGUGUUGCAGAGGUUUUGGAUUGCUGACAGCUGUCCCCCUCUUGAAAGAGUGGGCUGGAAUUGGUGGACUUGCCCUGUGUCCGAUAUUAAUCAGCAUUCUGGCCUUCUGGUGCACCUGCCGCAUGCAGAGUCGUCAGCGCAGAGCCCAAGCCUUGAUGAUACAGGCUUUUGCGGGUGUGAAAACAGGACAAUCUCCUCAACUGUGGCUUGGCAUGCUAGAGAAGUAGUCAAUGACGGAAUCAGAGGCAACAGGAGGGUGCAGAACAGACAAGUCCCACACAGCAGCUUGGUGCACACCUAGCAGACACCAUGAGGACCCUCUCUCUGCUCACUCUGCUGGCCCUGGCUGCGCUCUGUCUCUCUGACCUCACAGAUGCCACGCCCACCGGCCCUGAGUCUGACAAAGCCUUCAUGUCCAAGCAGGAGGGCAAUAAGGUAGUGAACAGACUCCGGCGCUACCUUGGAGCUUCAGUCCCCAGCCCAGAUCCCCUGGAGCCCACCCGGGAGCUAUGUGAGCUUGACCCUGCUUGUGACGAGCUAUCAAACCAGUAUGGCUUAAAGACCGCCUACAGACGCAUCUACGGUAUCACUAUUUAGGACCUGUGCUGCCCUAAAGCCAAACUCUGGCAGCUCGGCUUUGGCUGCUCUCCAGAACUUGAUCCUCCCUGUCCUCUCUCUCUGCCCUGCAAGUAUGGAUGUCACAGCAGCUCCAAAAUAAAGUUCAGAUGAGGAAGUGC